CUUUUAAAAGUCAAGAUUGUCGUCCCCUUAACAUGCCAUACUAAUGAAUUAGCACAUCGAUUAAUAACCGCGCACAAUUUACCAUGUUAUCUGCUUGGCAAGUUACAAGCUUCGUUGAAAGAAUUUGUAUCGUCGACAUUAUGCCAACUUCAAGUGGAUAAAGCCGAGCAAUCGAUUCAUCAUUUGAAACAAUUCGGUCCAGAUGUGAUUAAGGAUAUUUCUGAUCAUUGGUGUAAAUGUUUACAAGAUGAAGUAGCUCAUUGGAGUGAUCACAGCAAUAAAAGGAAUGCCGUUCAAUCCAUUCAAUUGGAUAAUGGUCAAUCGGUGGCACAAGUUUAUCAUGCUUUAAUUCAUUCACCGGCAAUGGAAGCAAUCUUACAAUUAGAGUAUACCUACGCAUCGGUAGUCAAAGAAAUUGUCAAACAACGUAAUACAGAACUGGAACAAUUUGAAAUUCAACAUCAACAACAAUUGGAAAUUGCCAUUCAAUCAGGCAUAGCAUCCGAUCGUAAAGUCAGCCGAUUAGCUGCUCAACAUAUGGAAGAGUUACAAUUCAAAAAUGCUAAAUGGAAUAGUACUCUAUCGGAUUUGAUGGAAAAUCAAAAGCGUGAAUUUUAUGCUUGGAUGGUACGUGUCUAUAACAGUAUGGUCGAAAAUAAUGGUGUACCUACUGAAAGAACACUUUCUAUGCCACAUAGUAUUGUUGCAACGCUAUCCAGAGCUGCACCUGAUAGCCAUUUAAAUCAUGAAUCCAAUAAUCAUGUCGACAACAGAAUGGAAGAAAGUUUUACAAUUUAUUUAGGAACACAAAAGAAAACCAUGCAUAAUAUACGCUUAAUGAUUGGUCACCCACUUGAUUUAUGCAGGAGUGCUUAUACCGGCUCAAUCGGUAGUGGUAUAGGACCACCACCUCAAAGGAUUCAAACAGCACUAUCGUUAUAUUCGUCAACAUUAAAUGGUUUAAUAUUACUUGUAGAUGAUAAACCCAAUUGUUAUACUGGUAUCAAGAAUGAAUUUGCCAUGAUAUGCGAAGAAUCCAGUGAAUUUCACUUUCUAUCCCAUCCAGAGCAAUUACAUCAUAUCCGCCGUAGUAUUCAAAAAUCCCAAUCAACACGAGCUAAAAGACAAGACAGCGAAGAUAAUGAUAUCGAUUCACUAGAAAUCUUUUGGGAUGAGGAUGAUGAUUCUGUAGUCUUGGCAUUAGGUGAUUUCUAUUCUACUCACCAUUCUAAUUUAUCCGAUAUACAUGUAGUCUAUCAUUUAGUGGUCAAUGAUGAUGUCAAAUCCGAUCGGUUACCUAAUCGCCAUCCUAUCUUGACUGGCUUACGUAAUGCAUUAAAUACAGCUGCAUCCAAUGAUGUCACAACUAUCACUAUACCUUUACUUCUUGUCAAUGAAAUGACGGAAGAGAUGACAAUUUCAUGGUGUGUUAAAAGGGCUGAAUUAAUUUUUAAAUGUGUCAAAGGUUUCAUGAUGGAAAAUGAAAUGUGGAGCAAUAAUCAAGCAUGUAUAGUCCAAUUUCUAAUUCCGAAAGGUAUAUCCGAAGAAAUGUUUAAUACCUUUACUGGCAUGCUACCGGGUAUAUUCCGUAUGGCAGCCGCAUUGAAUUUGAGUACUACUGCA